GGUGCCCCAAUCAUUUUGAAUUUUUUGUGUUAGGUUAAAAACAUAGUUAUUUUAUUUUUUUCCUUUGGACCUGGGCAUUUGUUAGCAAUUAGUCUCAUCCAAACUGCUGAUUUGCUGUUGCACAUACUUUCUGUAACAUGUUUCUCUUAGCUAGCAUUUUUAUUUUCCUUUUUUAUAUUUUCCAAUUGUGUUAGCAUGUCUGGUUUGAGCAGCACUGUAGAAUAUAUGUGUAACAUGUAGCCUGCUGAAAUCUUUCUUCGUGUUUUUAUAGAGGAAGUUUACAUAGGCUACAGAUCAAGCAGAGAGUUAGUGGUGAAAGCUGCCUUGAGAUUCAGUGGGGAUGCCUUUACUGCAGUUGUUACAAGGGAGACAGAUAUCUCUAGCAGAGAAAUCAGUUGGGAAACUAUUUGGUACUAAAACAGACCCUUUAAAGAAGGGGGAUUUGUUCUGAGAAGCACUUGAGGAGUGAAGCAUUACUUGACAACCUGUUUAGUAAAAGUGAUAAUCAGCAAAACCAUGAAAGAAACUCGCUGUGGCUAUGAAAACCAGCUGUUUAAAGAGGAAGAUCCGACUGGAGAAGAAGAAUUGAUUCAUUCCUUUAAUUGUGAGCAAACUGGGAGGACAAGAGGUGGCUGCAUACAAUGCCAGCAGACCCGGUCUCUCCAGUUGGCUGUCAAGGUGUUAUAUGGCUUCUUUGCUUUUCUUAUUAUUGCUGUUGCAGUUCUUGCAUCUUUAGUAUUCAGGAAAGUCGACUCUUUAUCAGAAGACCUCAACACAACCGAAUCUCUUUAUGACAAAAAAAUCAUUACAGUCCAGGAAAGCAUAAAAGGACUGGAUCACAGAUCCUCCAGUAACUGCAUAGACUGCCAUGACGUCACCCAGUUUGGACAGGAGAUUGAGAAGCUACAAGGAGAGUUUGAAGAGAUUCAAAAAAUGAUUUUGGUUCAGGAACAGUCCCUGGACCAAGCAGCCAAGACUCAGCAAAGUCUCACUUACUCAAAUAGCAAAUAUGCUCGCGACAUCCAAAAUUAUUCAAUCUCUAUUAAGCUCAUCAACCAAUCCUUGGAGAGAUACUUGGAGCAAGUCCAUGGCUGGCAGGUUGUUAUAACUGAAACUGAUGAAUCAAUGAAAUCAUUGGUCCAGGACCAAUAUGAUUUAAGAGCCACAGUUCAACAAAUUAAUUCCACAGUUGGGCUGAGCUCUUCAUGGAUCAAUGGCAUUCAGAGGAAGAUGGAUGAAGAAAUGUUGGUUUUACAUAAAGUCGUGAUAGAAUGGCAGAAUUACAGCAAAAUACUGGGAGUUAUAAGGUCUUCCACUGGCAAAACCAAUGAUAUGGUAAGAAGUAUUCAGAAUGGCAUUUCAACCACACUGCAACGCAUCAGUCUCAACUCUGACACCAUGCAUGACCUUGUCUUGCAAGUAAUGAACUUGCAGAUGCAGCUUGAUAACAUCUCUUCCUUUUUGGAUGAGCAUGAGGAAAACAUGCAAGACUUCCAUUACCAUUCAAAAUACUAUGAAAACAGAACCAGCGAGAGGUUUGAAACACUCGAGGGCCGAAUGACCUCUCAUGAAAUGGAAAUAAGUACCAUAUUCGCCAAUAUCAAUGCCACGGAUAACCAUGUGCACAGAAUGCUGAAGUACAUUGAUGAUGUGAGAGUGUCCUGUGCUGCUGGGCUAAGCACCCAUGAACAGGAACUACAGUAUCUAAAUAAUACAAUCCAUCUGAUGAUCUACACAGCAGAUUUGUUGCGACAAAGGUACAGCCUGUUGACUGGAAGACUAGAUUUUGAGAUAAGGAAUCUAUCAAUGGUUAUGGAAGAAAUGAAACUGGUGGACAUAAAGCAUGGGCAGAUAAUCAAGAACUUCACCAUUGUGAAAGGUUUGCCAGGGCCACCAGGUCCGAAAGGAAAUAGAGGAGAACCUGGACCCAAGGGGCCUGUUGGAUUUACAGGACGCAAAGGGGAUGUGGGGCCUUCAGGACCCCAUGGGCCACAGGGCCAGAGGGGCUACCUUGGUCCACCAGGUCCCCCAGGAGAAGCUGGCCCUUCAGGGAAUAAAGGCAGUCCAGGCAUCAAGGGAGUAAAAGGAUCUUUAGGACAACCAGGUGCAACAGGAGAAAGUGGACAAAAGGGUGACAUGGGGCCACCAGGUCGUGAUGGACUGCCUGGUUCAAAAGGACCACCAGGGAUACAAGGACAGAGAGGUCUGCCAGGAAUUCAUGGACUUCCAGGUCCCAAAGGACAACAAGGCCCCCCUGGACCACCCGGGCCUCCCGGGCCCCCAGGAGCCCCAGCUCAAUGAGCAAUAAAACAUGGAAUUAAACACUUACUAUGGAGGACAGAAAUACUGAAAGCCAUCUGGCAAAUAAAGCUAUAAUAUAACUACUAUCCAUGGGACAAUGAAUUUCAUAAUUAAAAUAUGGUUGAAAGAAACAAAGUAAAAACCCAUUAUUAUAUAUUGUUUUGGUAAAAAAAAAAUGGUCAUAAUAGCUUGUUUAUCUUGAACCCAGUUUUGACUAAAUCAGAUCAUGUUGCUUAAUUACAGUGUACAGUUACAAAAAAAUAAAUAACUACUAAACUUCCCCCAAGCAAAUCAGUACUAGUAUAAGAUUUUAGGGUUGGAACUGUAACAUUUCAUUCUUAGCAUUUCUUUUAAAAAGCUGUCAUGUCUGUUCUAUGUCUUUUAACCGUGAGAAUGACACUGUUUUAAUUUAAGCAUGGCACUAGCUUUUUAGCAAGUCUAACAAUAUUUAGCUUAAAUAUUUGUAAGUGUCGUGCAAGCUGUACUAAAAUCAAAGAUACACCACUCACAUAGCAACAUAUUUAACAUAUUAUGCACACCGUAGGAACUUUGGGCAUAAAAAGUUACUCUACAAAAAGUCUGAUCUCAUCAUAACUUUAAUUUCCAUAACACCCAGUAUUAAGAUGGCAAAUAUGGAGCCCAUGUACUUUCCUGAAAUGGAAGGGUUUUAUGUCUAAUUUUGAAAGAUAACUUAAACACUUUGUAAUUGCUUGCUUCACAUUUUGUAAGAAGAACAUUGAAAAUAGACAGUAAUUAAAGGCUGUAAAUAGUUUGCAAAUAUGCCGUAUGGAGUCAAGAGAGGAUGUCUUGGUUAUCACAUGACUAAAAUACUUAGUGGACAUAUGAGAUCUGUGAACCACAAAAGAUUUGGUUAAAAGUAUCCUUCAUAUAGAGAUGCCAAUACAUUACUAUGAGCUCCCCAAUAUAGCAAAACAAAUGCAGAAUCUAAUCUGCUCAUCUAAGUUUGCAGGUAAACUGUUCUGUAUGCUUUUUUUAACUUGCUAACUUCAUUUUAAAAAUGUAAAUGUUAGUCAUGCAUUAAUGGAUUAUUGAUUAACUCUUAUUCUCAUCUUCUAAUAGCAUACAGUGUAUACAAUAAGUGAGCUAAAUACUCAGAGCAGGUACUCUGAACAAAUGUAGUUAUCGAGGAAGUUAUUGCUUGGCCAAAGAUGUGAUUUUAUGAUAGUAAACGCAUAUCAACCAACUUUAAAAUAAAUUUAAUUAAAUAAACAAACAAACAAACAAACAAAAAAAAAAAAAACAAA